ACGGACGUUAGUAUGACGUCGGAGGUCUCCGCGUCGCCAUCUUGGUUCGGUUGCGUCAGGAUAGAGCGGGUUAGCUUUAUCAACUAACGGCUUAAAGAUGACGCAGAGGACUCUCUGACCGCGGAGAAACUCACGUUUGGAAGUUGCCCUUGGUAACAGGAAGGCGUCCUGACACCAUGCUGGCCCGUCUGUUCCGGCUCCACGGCCUGCUGGUCGCCUCCCACCCGUGGGAGGUGAUCGUGGGCACCCUCGCCCUCACCGUCUGCUUGAUGUCCAUGAACAGCCUGGCUGCCAGUAACCAGAUGUGCAGCUGGAACGAGUGCCCCAAAGUGGAGGAGAAAGUCCACAGCAGUGACGUAAUCAUCCUGACAGUCACGCGCUGCAUGGCCAUCGUUUACAUCUACUUCCAGUUCAAGAAUCUGCGACAACUGGGAUCCAAAUAUAUCCUGGGUAUCGCAGGCUUGUUCACUGUGUUUUCCAGCUUUGUUUUCAGUACAGUGGUCAUCCACUUCUUUGGGAAAGAGCUGACAGGUCUGAAUGAAGCUCUGCCGUUCUUCCUCCUGCUCAUCGACCUCUCCAAAGCCUGCACGUUGGCCAAGUUUGCCCUCAGCUCGAACUCUCAGGAGGAGGUGAGGGAGAACAUCUCCCAGGGGAUGGCCAUCCUGGGCCCCACCUUCACCCUGGACGCUCUGGUCGAGUGUCUGGUCAUCGGGGUCGGCACCAUGUCAGGUGUGCCUCAGUUAGAGAUCAUGUGCUGCUUCGGCUGCAUGUCCGUCCUGGCCAAUUACUUCGUCUUCAUGACCUUCUUCCCUGCGUGCGUCUCUCUGGUCCUGGAGCUGUCCAGAGAAAGUCGCGAGGGUCGUCCGAUCUGGCAGCUUAGCCACUUUGCCCGUGUGCUGGCUGAAGAAGAGGACAACAAGCCCAACCCUGUGACGCAGAGGGUUAAAAUCAUCAUGUCUCUGGGUCUGGCCCUGGUUCACGCUCACUCUCGACUAGCGGCUGAACAUCCGGGUCAGAACCGCACGGUGGAGGGACAGAUAGCUGAACGACUGAAAUCUGAUGGUACCAUGUUGCCCCUGAAGAUCACCAGCAUGGAGCAGGUGAUCACGCUCGGCCUCGCCCUGCUCCUGGCCGUGAAGUACGUCUUCUUUGAGCAAACGGAGACGGAGUCUUCCUUCUCCCUCAAGAGUCCCAUUAUCAGUGCUCCUCCGCCCCGAGCGACAGGAGACUGCUGCAGGCCAGACUUCCCAGCACUGAAAUCCCAGAAGGUUGCAAACGGUACCUUAGCAACCAACCAGACCUCGUUGGCUGUCUCCGACUCGAAGCCGUCCCCUGAGGCCGGCACGGCGUUCAGAGAGAAGGCAGAAGCGACUCAGCCUCCGGCAGCCUCUGUUCCCACCGAGCCUCUCGGUCCGACGCCUUGCGAUCCUCAAAGCCGCUGCAGUGCAGAGCCUCGGCCACUUGAAGAAUGUAUGGCCAUCCUCUCAGAUCCUCAGAGGGGUGCCGGUUUUCUGAGCAAUAACGAGGUGAUGAACCUGGUGGCCUCACGUAACAUCCUCAACUACAAACUCGAAUCCGUCCUCGACACUCCGGAGAGAGGCGUCGCCAUCAGGAGGGAAUUGCUGUCCCCGAAGCUGCCUGUUCAGUCCGCCCUGACUUUUCUGCCUUACAAAGACUACGACUACGCUAAGGUGAUGGGAACGUGCUGCGAGAACGUGAUCGGCUACAUGCCGGUCCCAGUAGGAGUGGCCGGUCCGCUUCUGUUGGACGAGAAGCAGUUUUACGUUCCUAUGGCGACCACCGAGGGCUGCCUGGUAGCCAGCACUAACAGAGGAUGCAGGGCUCUUUCUCUGAGCGGAGGCUGCCGCAGCAGCAUCCUCGCCGACAGCAUGACCAGGGGUCCUGUGGUGAGGCUGCCCUCGGCCUGCCGGGCGGCAGAGGUCAAAGCCUGGCUCGAGACCUCGGACGGAUUCAACGUGAUCAAAGAGGCUUUCGAGCAGACCAGCAGGUUUGCUCGGUUGGAGAAGCUCUUGGUCGGCCUGGCGGGGAGGAACUUGUACAUUCGCUUCCAGUCUGCGACGGGAGACGCCAUGGGCAUGAACAUGCUGUCUAAGGGCACCGAGCAGGCACUGCACAGACUCCAGCAGCAGUUUUCAGACAUGCAUGUUCUGGCGGUCAGCGGCAACUACUGCACCGACAAGAAGUCCGCCGCCAUAAACUGGAUCAUGGGCCGGGGAAAGUCUGCCGUGUGCGAGGCCACCAUCCCGGCCAGCGUGGUCAAAGAGGUGUUGAAAAGCACGACGGCUGCUCUGGUGGAGCUCAACAUCAACAAGAACCUGGUGGGCUCGGCCAUGGCCGGCAGCAUCGGGGGCUUCAACGCUCACGCCGCCAACAUCGUAGCAGCCAUCUACAUCGCCUGUGGGCAGGACCCGGCUCAGACUGUGGGGAGCUCCAACUGCAUCACUCUGAUGGAGGCUGCCGGUCCAGCAGGGGACGACCUGUACAUCAGCUGCACCAUGCCCUCCAUCGAGCUGGGCACGGUGGGAGGAGGCACCAACCUGCCGCCACAGCAGGCCUGUCUGCAGAUGCUCGGUGUCCAGGGGACCAGCUCCAACCAGCCGGGCGAGAACGCCCGUCAGCUGGCCCGCGUGGUCUGCGCCACCGUGCUGGCAGGAGAGCUUUCGCUGAUGUCCGCUCUGGCUGCUGGACACCUGGUCAAGAGUCACAUGACCCACAAUAGAUCUAAAGCCAACCUGACGCCUUCGUCAGUCGGAGACGCAUGCAUGACGUAAAACUGGAAACGAGCUCUCCAGAUAAAAGAAGAACAUCACUGUGAGAACCGGGAGGAUCCAAUCGCCUCCUGACGUCGCGGUUCUGUCGGGUCGUGGGUCACCACCCGACGUUCAAGACUAACAAACAUGCUGAAGACCACAGCCGACGUGUGCUCGCUUUUUGCUUGUCGCCCGACUGAUCGCAUCAAUUUUGGGUUCAGGUGUUACGUUCAAGUUUUAUGUCUUGCGACUGAAUGUUAAAGGGACGUUGCAGGAAUGUUCUCGUUCAGAUGUUAUCGACGUAGUUUGCACGAAGUUGUGCCAAAAAUCGAACGGCUUUUCCCUCCGCGUUCAUUCUCUGUAUGUUAAAAUGCAUGAAGCGGCGUCUUCACGCGGCUGAACGAGCUGAUGUUUGCACUCGCCGCGGCUUGUUUGACUGUUACUGCUGUAUGUUUGAAUGUUUUCAGAGAUCGCUUGCACUUUUCUUUCCUCCCGAGGAGGAAAAGAACAGCGAGCGGGUUGCUUCUUUGUGUCACGGCCAAUAGGAAGAAGUGGAAAAUUGAAGCCAUAUUAACUCAUUUAAUAAACUUUUAUGGUACACUUACGUUACGUGGAACAAAUUGGAGGUUUGUCCGUAACAGGACGGGUUCUGCAGGUUCUUAAGUUGGUUCAGAGAACAGUGAAGUGGCCUUACACGUUGAGCCAGUUAGAUAGAAUAUUCAAUUUUAAGCUUUUGUUUUCAAAAGAUUGUUUUAUUUAAAAAAGAAUAAAUAACACUGUUACCUCUU